AUUCUAUCAAAACCCUACAAAUCACCAUGGCUCGUUUCUCUUUGCCGCGCCUCCUCUACUACCACUACACCGUCUCUCAUUCUUCAUCUUCCUCCUUACUCUCUGUCUCCUCCACUUUCCACCUCCGUCACUUCUCUGCGGCAUGCAUCAAGCAUUCCAAGGAGCAACAGCUACGCAACAUUUGGAUUUCGGGACUCGUCGACCCUGCCAAAUCACCCGUUUCAGAGAGGUACAUGUUAUACACUGGUCAGAUCGAAAAGAUGGAGGAGGCUAGAAAUAAAAUUCAGAGAAGAGAUGCGAGACUUUGGUGGGAUAUUCAUGAAGAGCAAUGGCUCAAUUUUAGUUAUCGUCGGAGUUCCACAAGAAAAAGUUCAUAUCCUACUCAGAUAUGUGAUUCUUUCCCUGCAGAUGUUACUUUCUUCAACUGGAAACACCAUAAGAUGAGCGUAAUUGACACACCUGAUUGUGUUGACUUCACUUCUGAGGUUGAUAAUGCUCUACGUGCCUUUGAUGCUGCCGUUUUUGUUCUGUCUAGUGUUGGUGGGAUGAACAGCCUGUCCAUUUCUGUUGAUAAGCAAAUGAUAAAAUAUCAACUUCCAAGACUUGUAUACAUCAACAAUCUUGACAACAAGGGAGCAGAUCCGUGGGAUGUUUUAAAUCAGGCAAGAUCCAAGCUUCAACAUCAUUGUGCUGCAAUCCAAGUUCCAAUAGGCUUGGAAGAUGAUUUUAAGGGACUUGUUGAUCUUGUUCAAUUAAAGGCCUACUAUUUUCAUGGAGAAAAGGUUGUUGUUGAAGAAGUUCCCGAAGAUAUGGAAGCCUUGGUGUCAGAAAAAAGGCAUGAACUCAUAAAAACUGUAUCAGAGGUAGACGAUAAACUUGCUGAAGCUUUUUGCAGCGACAAGCCCAUUUCAGCAGCUGAUCUUGAGGAAGCUGUUCGCCGGGCCACCAUAGCACGGAAAUUUAUACCAUUUUUCAUGGGCAGUGCUUUCAGAUAUAAGGGGUUACAACUACUUUUGGAUGGUGUACUUAAUUAUUUGCCGUGUCCAACUGAAGCUAGUAAUUAUGCUCUCGUCCAAUCCAAGAAUGAGGAAAAGCAUACACUUGUGGUAUUGGCUUUUACAUUGAAGAGAAAGUAUGGUCUAAUAACAUAUCUAAGAAUCUAUGAGGGUGUCAUUCGGAAGGGAGAUUUUAUUACAAAUGAUAACACUGGCAAGACGUUCAAGGUUCCUGAUUCAAUUGAGGUGCGAAAGGACGAGAUCGGGGUUAGUCUUUAG